AUGAGCGAAAGUGAUCCCGGAUUUCAGGCGGCGCUCGAGGAAGCCAAGCAGGGUGCUCGAGAAGGCGGCAUUCCAAUCGGUGCGUGCCUCGUCGACAAGAAUGGAAAGGUGUUGGGGAGAGGGCACAACAUGCGGCUACAAAAGGGCUCUGCGAUUCUGCAUGGUGAAAUGUCUGCUCUGGAAUCCGCAGGUCGACUGCCCGCUUCCGCGUACAAAGGAAGCACCAUGUAUACAACACUCUCGCCAUGCCUAAUGUGCACAGGCGCGUGUCUGCUGUACGAAGUCUCUCGCGUCGUGCUGGGCGAGAACAAAACCUUCCUCGGCGGCGAAGAUCUCCUUCGAUCUAAAGGAGUCGAGGUGAUCAAUGUCGGCAGCAAAGAGUGCGAGAGAUUGAUGCAAACGUUCAGCUCCGAACACCCCGAGGACUGGAACGAGGACAUCGGCGAGGAUGGAAAGUGA